AUUUUUUUUUUCUCCAAUAACGUAAGCCUUCCUCUUAAUGCACAUCGCAGUCCGGCAGAUCCCACGCAGUACCUUUUUCAGUACCUUGGUAGGCCAUUAGCUAACUCGGUAAAGCACUUGACUGCUGCAGAGCGGAAGGUCGGGGGUUCGAUUCUUUUGAGGCCGGACUAGUACUCAGGGUCUUAUAUCAGUACUGAAAAAUGAAGUCAAGGUACUUCCUCUGCCCUGCAUGUAAACGGAUAGAUCAGGCUUCGCGUAGCUAGAAUGACCAUGUAAAAUUGCAGUCCCUUCUCCUUUAGGAGACGUAAAAAUAAUGUCCUUAACGAGUACUUAAUUACUAUACUAUUACAGUAAAUACAUUUACACUCAAAUAAAGUGGAUCUUUACAAAGAGGUGACUGGAGGCAGCCAUGAAGUUUAAUAUUAACAUUAUAAUACUUCCGGCUACCCGCUUCGUCCUCUUAAAACUGACUACAGUUACACACUCGUUUUAGUUUAAAUCAUUUUUUGCUUACUUUUUCUGUAGUUUCAGUAUUAUUGGCCUAUAUCCACUUAGCCGUCUCUGCUAGGCCAUCUAUUGUGUUCCAGGGGCUGACACUAUGGUUUCCAACCUGCACUUUUGCGAAAGGCCAGACCUGGUCAUUAAAAUCCGGGGAAUUCUAUCCACGAUAAAAAUUGCUGUUGCAUUUCCAUGGUUUCAUCAGUUACCAGUCCGUUACUAUAGUGGAGCCAAUUAUUCCAAACCAUCCCUUUGUGUCUUCCUCGGCCAUCGACAGAACUCGAGUGUUUCCUCCUGGUACAAGAUAGGUGAUGGGUUUUGUCCAAUCACUAUCCUUUCCGAGGCUUUCAUAGUCAGCAAAAAUUUCCUUCCGGCAUUGUCACAAGUAACUGUUACAGUGAAUUCUUAAGGGAAGGACAAAUCCGCUGAGUGUUUUUCUGAUGCAUUUGUUAACAGGGAGACUUAAAAUUUAUUUUUAAUUCCACAAGGGUCCUAUGAGUGCAAAAGCUCAGUCCAGCAUUUCAAAAUUCGAAAAGUGUUUCAAUUAACUUUUAUUGACAUUGUGAGAAACUAUACUUUAUUACAUAAGUCUUUUUUCUUUCGCUCCUUAACUUAAGCUGAUGAACCGGCAGGCGUAUGUUAUAUUGAGCCUCAUCCUUUCCUGAGGUUAAUCUCUCCUUUUUUCUUUACUUAGGGUUCGUUCCUUUUAUGAUCCAAGAUCACUUGGAUCAUGGUGCAUCUGAGGAACUGAUAAAUCCCAUAUUGACGAAAGGAUUUAUCGCUAAAUUCUAUCCACCAUGA